CGGCACCUUUACUACUUUAGUAAAAAAAAACUGUCAGUGUUGUCGGUCUGUCAUAGCUUAAUGUCAGUGUCAUUUUUUGACAAGUUCUCUUUUACGAAGUUUGACAGUGCUGCAUCUUCGUAUCGGCUUGAACAUGCCACGGGAAAUCAAAGACAUUAAGGACUUCCUCCUCAAAGCCCGCAGGAAAGACGCUAAAUCCGUGAAGAUAAAGAAGAACCCUGAGAAUGUGAAGUUCAAGGUGCGGUGCUCGCGCUUCCUGUACACACUCGUCAUCACCGACAAGGAGAAGGCGGAGAAGCUCAAGCAGAGCUUGCCUCCAGGUCUCCAGGUGAAGGAAGUGAAGUGAUGUGACGACUAGUUGUAACUAAAUAAAAACAGAAAACACCA